CACUUACUAGGGAAAAAGUCGUGGAAUGUCUACAAUGCCGACAACAUCGCCCGCGUCCGAAGAGACGAGGCAGCCGCCAAGGCCGCGGAGGAAGAGGAGGAGCGGCGCAUGCAAGAAAUCGAUGCUCAGAGGCGAUUAGCGAUCCUGCGCGGCGAAUCGCCUCCCCCCUUAGAAGACGAGCGAGAUGUUGAAUCAGAAAAGGCUGAGAGCACUUCCGUCAGCGCGCGAUCAAGAUUCCCUGGUCAAGGCCGCAAGAGGAAGCGGCCGGGGGAGGACGAUACCGAGUUCGAGCUACGUUUGGCGCAAGAGAGGAGCAGCGCAAAAUACGCAGUUGUUGAAUCCAGUCGCAAGCCAGCGAGCUCGGCUCCGAUCAUCGAUGGUGCUGGACACAUUGACCUCUUUGGCGACGAACGAGCAAGAGCACAUGCAGAGAAGAACGAAGAAGCCGAAGCCGAAAAGAAAAAGAAGGAAAAGGAAUAUGAAGAUCAAUAUACUAUGCGGUUUUCCAACGCGGCUGGGAAAGAUGGCCUUAGCAGGCCUUGGUAUUCACAGCGUGAAGGGGUUGCUCCAGACGCUUCGUCCAGAGACGUCUGGGGGAAUAAUGACCCCGAUCGCAAGGCUCGCGACACUCACCGAAUCAAUUCCAACGAUCCAUUGGCCAUGAUGAAGAAAGGCGCGUCACAAAUUCGCGAGCUGAAGAGAGAGCGCAUGAAAAUACAGGCAGAGAGAGAUGAUGAACUCAGACAACUGCGCAAAGAAGAACAUCGCGACAGACACAGGCAUCGACAU